AUGGAUAGUGAGGAGAAGAUACCCUCAGCCAUAACUGAGAAGGGAAUUGGCUUCACCUUCACCCGUACAUGGACUGACGAUCUGGCGUCACGCACCUUACCGGAUGUGCUGGAAAGUGUCUAUAUUCCCGGUGGCGUGUACCUGCUUUCCACCUGGUACAGCCGAUAUGAGCUACACAAACGAUAUUCGUUAUUCUACUGCAUCGGUCUCAUUGCCCAGGCCAUCGCCAAUGUUCUCGCCUUUGGUCUGGGAAAGAUGGAGGGCUGCAGAAUAUUCGAGGGUGGAGAUGGGUUUCAUCAUAGGGGGGUGGCUCAGAUCACCGGGGUCGUCGGCCUCUUGACGUACUUUCUUGUGGUGGAAUUUCCAGACAAGUGUCACAAAUCCUGGCGAUUUCUUAGUGAGGAUGAAGCAGCAUUUAUCAUCCGUCGGUUAAACAUAGAUCGGGACGAUGCUGUUCCCGGAGACUCUCUCUGA